AUGCCAGAUGCCUACAAUACUUUGUCUUAUCAGUAUUACCGGGCACCCCCUGUAACUGAACAGGGUGCGUCAAUCGACCUCGGACAUCCGACACUAACGAUUCGAGAAAUAAGAGCUACAAAGUUUACGUGCAACGGUCGCGGUUCCCCGACUUCCUUUAUUAUUUACUCAGGGACUUUAGAACCCGGAGCACGUUCCAAACGGGUUCGACCGUCACGGCUGCUGUCGUCAGUUGUUGGAAAUAAAGCUGAAACAAUCAAAAUUAUGAAAACUUUUAUACAAAUAACAACAUUGUUUUUCCCAAGACACGACAUUUUGCACGAAAUGCUGCAGGAACUGAGGAAAUGGAACUCAUCGAAAGAUUUUGCUUUUGGCAAGUGGCUAGAAAACUUUGUAACGAUGCAUCCUCAUAAA